UUCCGUUCUUCUCCCACCUACAGGUUUCCGUCGAAACUUGCGAACCAAAAAAAAAAAAAAAAAGGCGCAAAAAUAGCAGAAGAGCCCAGAAGAAGAAGAAGAAGAAGGAGUAGAAUCCAGGCAAUCCGCCAGUAGCGCAAAUCAGCAACAUCCGGCAAGUAGGAAAGAUCCUUUCCCCCGGCAUAAUUUUCCUCCACUCUCCGCCAUCGUAGACGCCGUGGUUCUGCCACUCUCCGACGAUCGCCCUCUUUGGCUCCGUCGUAUCAUGGUCACUGUGGUUCCUACGGGGAAUCGGGAUUCAGACUGUAGUGCAAGAUAUCCUACGGAGUUCGUUCUUCUUUCUAGUUGUCGAUCGCUGUGAAUAGUUUGUAAAGAGGUGGUUGUGUAUCUGUAUAUGUAGUUGGUUUGAUUGGUUACGAUUAGGGUUUUCUGUUGCUGGAAUUUGGGCAAGAAGUGGUAAUUUGAUUGUGUUAAUAUGAUAAUUGAGGAAGUGAAGGGAAGCGAGUUAGGUGUAGUUGAUAGAAUUUCGGAGAAGGAUCGAAUUGGUGGUGGAGGCGGCUUGGUCGUGUGGGACUCGAAGCGGGUCUUGAUUGGAGCGGGCGCCAGGGCUUUGUUUUAUCCGACUUUGCUUUACAACGUCGUUAGGAACAAGUUUCAGGCUGAGUUCCGGUGGUGGGAUCAGGUGGACGAGUUUAUUUUGUUAGGUGCUGUUCCAUUUCCUACUGAUGUUCCAUGCCUCAAGGAGCUUGGUGUUCGGGGAGUAGUUACCAUGAACGAGCCAUAUGAGACAUUGGUUCCCACAUCUCUGUAUUACGAACAUGGCAUUGACCAUCUAGUACUCCCUACUAGGGACUACUGCUUUGCACCUUCCUUGCGAGACAUAUCCCGGGCUGUAGAAUUCAUUCACGACAAUGUGAUGCGAGGGGAAACGACCUAUGUCCAUUGUAAAGCUGGUCGAGGACGCAGCACCACAGUUGUGUUAUGCUACCUUGUACAGCACAAGCAUAUGACACCUGAUGCUGCCUACAAAUAUGUAAAGUCAAUCAGACCAAGGGUGCUUCUUGCUCCCGCCCAACGGCAGGCUGUUCAAGAAUUCUAUCACCUUCACAUGAAUACCCACAGCCUCUACGGCAGUUUGAGAAGUCUCAUAUUAAAGGCCCCAAGGCAGAGUCUGGAUCUCUUCCUCUCAAAGGAUCUCGUGAAAUUCGAUGACAGCUCGGUAGUUCUUGUUACAGAAUCAGAUCUCGAUGGAUAUGACCCAAGGCUUGUAUCUACUCCAAUGAAGAGCGAGGUAUGGGCCGACUUGAGUGUGGUUUACGGGGUACGGGUUGCUGGGCAGGCAGUACUCGCAAGGAUCUCCUGUAUGUGGCUCCGUUGUGGAGCUCACCACCAGAAGUUUGUUGGCGAGGAGCAACUGAGCAGGAAGAGCAGCUGCUCGAUCAGCAGGGAUCAAUUGGGAGGUAUUAGUGUCGACAUUCACGUCUAUUAAGGCGCCGGUGGAGUUUGCAUUUAAGGGUAGUCUGAUAAGCUUUGCUUGUUAUUUCUUGUGAAUCCCGUGAUGCCGUUUCUUGUCGUUGGUAUAUAAGUACGAUGAUGAAUAACGUUUGCUUUGAACGAAGACUUGGGUUUUUCGCCACCAGCUGUAAAUAUUGAGUGGUCUGCCUGAUGAAUCCAUUAAGUUCCGAGUAUAGAACGGUUAGUGGGGUAAUAGCGAAAUCGUGUAUUACUGUAAUUAUCCUGUGAUAAAAUCAAAUAAGAUUGCAUGAUCAUCAGUUAAAUCAUAGAUAACUGUAAUAAUCAAAUGAUAAGAUUGUUUCGGAUAAUAUAAAGAGUAUCAGAUU